AUGAGAAAAAUACCAAACCAUGGGACUCUGCGGAUGACGAAGGUGGCAUACCCCCUCGGGCUGUGUGUGGGCCUGUUCAUCUAUGUUGCCUAUAUCAAAUGGCACCGGGCAUCUGCUGCCCAGGCCUUCUUCACCAUUGCUGGAGCUGCCUCAGGGGCACGGUGGACCCAGCAGGCCUUCAGCUCCCCAGACUCAGCUACACAUAGUCAUGAGGUCUUCUAUGGGAUCAUGUUUGACGCUGGGAGCACCGGCACCCGCAUCCACGUCUUCCAGUUUGCCCGGCUACCUGGAGAAACUCCCACCUUGACCCAUGAGACCUUUAAGGCACUGAAGCCUGGGCUUUCUGCUUAUGCUGAUGAUGUUGAAAAGAGUGCUCAGGGGAUCCAGGAACUUCUGAAUGUUGCUAAGCAACACAUUCCGUAUGACUUCUGGAAGGCCACCCCUCUGGUCCUCAAGGCCACAGCUGGUUUGCGCCUGCUGCCUGGAGAAAAGGCUCAGAAGUUGCUGCAAAAGGUGAAGGAGGUCUUCAAGGCAUCACCUUUCCUUGUGGGGGACGACUGUGUCUCCAUCAUGAAUGGCACAGAUGAAGGUGUUUCAGCAUGGAUCACUGUCAACUUCCUGACAGGCAGUCUGAAAACCCCAGGAAGCAGUGUGGGCAUGCUGGAUUUGGGCGGAGGAUCCACUCAGAUCACCUUCCUUCCCCGUGUCGAGGGUACCCUGCAGGCCUCCCCGCCCGGCCACUUGACAGCACUGCAGAUGUUUAACAGGACAUACAGGCUGUAUUCCUACAGCUACCUGGGGCUAGGACUGAUGUCGGCCCGACUGGCUAUUCUGGGUGGCGUGGAGGGGAAGCCUGCUGAGGAUGACAAGGAACUGGUCAGCCCCUGUCUGUCUUCCCGGUUCAGAGGAGAGUGGGAGCAUGCUGAGGUCACCUAUAGAAUUUCAGGACAGAAGGCAGAGGGCCUCUAUGAGCUGUGUGCCAGCAGGGUGUCAGACGUCCUCAGAAACAAAGUACACAGGGCAGAAGAGGCACAGCACGUGGACUUCUAUGCUUUUUCCUACUACUAUGACCUUGCAGCGAAUUUUGGCCUUAUAGAUGCAGAGAAAGGAGGCAGCCUUGUGGUCGGAGACUUUGAGACAGCAGCCAAGUAUGUAUGCCGCACACUGGAGACACAGCCACCAAGCAGCUCCUUUGCCUGCAUGGACCUCACCUACAUCAGCCUGCUGCUCCGUGAAUUUGGUUUUCCCAGGGACAAGGUGCUGAAGCUGGCUCGGAAAAUUGACAACGUUGAAACCAGCUGGGCUCUGGGGGCUAUUUUUCAUUACAUUGACUCUCUGAAGAGACAGAAGAUUCCUGCCUUGUAG